GGGUCGCGCUGAGCGCUCGCUGAUUGGUCGUUCCCCCCCGAGCUGAGAAGCGCUACCCGGAAGCGGCGGUGGCGGUUGCCAUGGAGACCGCGGCCUAGCGGGCGCCGCCAUGUCCUUUAAGCGCGACGAGAGCGACCCGGGGCCGCUCGGGGCGCUGCAGAGGCGCCGCGUGGCCGAGCUGCUGGCCAGCGCCAUCCCCGAGGACGAGGCGCUGCUGCUGCGCGAUGGCAGGCUGGCGUGCUCGCUGUGUCCCCAGCGGCCCGUGUGUGACACCCUGCAGACGCUGCUGCUGCACAGGGCGGGCAGGAAGCACCUGGACGCCCUGCAGCGUUCCUUCGGGCGGCGCCGCUGUCCCCAGGUGGCCCCGCAGGGACCCCAGGUGACCCUGGGCGUGGCGCCAGCUGUGCAGGCGCCGCUGCUGGCCCGGACGCGCCGGCUGGCCCGGAGCGCGCUGCUGAGAGCGGCCCCGUACAGCAGCUGCUGCCGCAGAGCCACGACGAAGGGCAGCAGCUCCCGGGCCGGGAUCCCCGGGAUGAUCCCAAAAAAUUCCCAGAUGCUGCCGGAGCCGUCCCGGAACCCCGGAAUUCCCGGGAAUCCCGAAACCGCCGGGCCCACACACACAGAGGGCGUUCCCAAGGACAGGAAACGGGGAAGGAAAGGAAAUUCCCGAAGUUCCGAGGGGCCGGAAGGAAAUUCCCGAAGCUCCGAGGGGCCGAGCCCGGAGCGGCUGCGGAUCCUGCGGCACCACCUGCACCUGCGCAGCCGGGGCUGGCUCCAGGAUCCCGCUGGGAAUUGGGUGAAGGACGGCAACGCCGAGUUCGACUCCGACGAGGAGGAGCCGCCACCACUGCCACCAGCCUGACACCUGUCCCUGUCCCCAAGUGUCCCCAAGAGUCCCCGAGAGUCCCCGAGAGUCCUCAGGGCCCCGGGAAUAAAGUGGGAAUUUUUUGGGACCAUUUUU